AUGAACUCCAUCAUCACCACUUACGACUACGAACUUGAGGUGCUCGAGGACGUCCUCAAAGAGUCAACUGAUACACCGGCAGACUUGGUGGUGUGUUCUUCCAAGGGGGAUUUUUUGGACCAGCUCGUCGCCCAGCUUGACCAGUUACCCGUUCAAUCCGAAAGGCAGACACCACCACUACAGGAAGAGGUGAACACUCAGCCCGAGGACGGCUUGCCUGAACCCAGACACAUUCUCCUCUCACACACUCUGCAUAUCUUGGCCACAAGCCAACUCGUCAAUCUGGUCUUCUGUCCCACCAUUCCUGUGCUCCGAGGCUAUCUCUCUGGCUAUGUCUCAAGCACAGUCGCCCAGCCUCCAGGUCCCAUCAUAAUCCUGAAUCUGCUGGCCAUGCACCACGGAACGUCUGAAUUCACCUUACAAGGCCUCUCUCAGACACUGGCCACCGCAGUUUCUGCCGCUCACCGAACGAAUCACGUGCUGAAGCUGGUGGAAUGUAAGGAUAUUAAUGAUCCUGCGAACCCAAAUCGGGGUCCGGGUCUUUGGCAGGCCGAAGUCCAGCUGCUCAGUGCGGCGAUCAAGAUAGGAGAGCCAGGUCAAAGCUGGGGACGACGCACCAUUCCGGUCAUGAGGAUCGCAUCACGAUGGUUCCGAGUAGACGAACAGCACGAACGGCGCCGACAGGAGCAUAGUCCAGUAGUUCGUGCCAGGGACGACCCAGAAGAUGAAAUGCUUGUUUGA